AUGGUUCCGCUCCGCCACCCCGACCCUAGCUUAAACUACACUUUCUCUUGUAUUGUGGUUAUAAAAGGAACCACACAGGGGGGCCAUCGCCCCCCUUUCCCACCACCUAGCUUCGCCCCUGCUCGCUCUCUCUCACAAGCAAACCGCCUUGGUGCUCUUGUUGCUGAAGCUUCCUCCUCCUUAAUCCCUCUUCGUCGGCGGGGUUAUGCGGCAGUGUCUGAUGCUUCAAAUUCCAUUGUAGAAGGAAAGGGGGGAGGAGGUGUGUGCAGAGAUUGGGCCCCAGAUCCAGUAAGCGGUUACUACAGGCCCAUCAAUCACACUCCACAAAUUGACCCGGUGGAGCUCCGACACAUGUUCCUCAACCGCAAACUCACAUCAGACCACACCCCGGGCCCACACUCAUAAUCAUAUUAUCAUAUCAAAACCAAAAGGCUUUUUAUGCUUCCUAUGAUCGUAUCCAAAAGCAAUAGCAAUGAUAUACUCGUUUUUGUUUGCGUGUCCUUAGUUUCUAUCCAUCUAUAUUUGCUAAAUUAGUAAUGGACUUAUCCUUCAUACU